CCGGAAGUUCGAUUCCGCGAGGACACCUUGAGAAACACCUUGUAGUCCACUGCUUUCAGCUACAGUAGCCGAAAUGGCAGGAAGACAAGUCUUUAGGAUGGUUCUGACAAUUCUGAAGUCCAACAUGCAGUAUGUGGCUGCUGUUGGCACAGCUGGGCUUUAUGUGGCUGUUAUUUAUCCACAUCAGUGGGGUCUGAAGCGAUACAUGCAGGUUCUGCAAAUGUACGAAAAUGGGGAGCCUUUAAGUGUGGAUGCAGAUUGUAAAAGGAUUGGGCAAGAGAUCUUGGACAAAGUCAGAUGGGAUCCAGUCAGUGAAGCCAACGUGGAGUUUUUUAGUGCCUAUGGCCAAGAUAUAGUUCAUCGGGGAUCCACUUUUACUAAGCCUGGGGGAAUCAUUGGAAUCCCUAUAAACUUCAUGUAUCGGUCAGUUGAUGACAUUGACAAAGAGAAAAUAACAAUUAACAAUAAGCCUAUAGACUGGAACACUCCAGCUGGGCGUAGCCUUCAAGAAUCACUGGUCCUGAGUGAAAAAGCACGAAAGUUUGCUAUUGCUCGAGAACUUUUCUACUUGCAUACUCACCAUGUACAUUUGCGAGGAUUAUUUGUUGGGGGAAGUGCAUUUAUUGCAUACUGGCUUGGGUUUGCAGUAAACAGACUAAAUCGAUUGCCCCAAAGAACAACUUUGCCUGCUCGUAUUAUUCUAUAUGGAUUCUUUACAGGCAUAGGAGCUAUAGUAUAUUGCCUUGCAUCAGAUACUUAUUCAUGGUACAGAGACCGCAAGGUGGACAGGCAGGCAGGCAAGCUAGGCAAAGAAUACACUGAAGGAGGAGCAGAGUUCUACACCAAACUUUUAGAACGAAACAUUGCUCUGAGAACCUUAAUGGGUCCAGAUGGGCCUAGACGCUACACAGCUUAUGGAAAUGAUGUUCAUUAUUGGAGAAGUCCUUCUGUUCCUUUAACAUCUCGUAGAGAUAUGCUAGUGGAGUUGGGAAAACAACAAAAUUGCUCCAGUAGCACAACACCUGCUGCUGAGCCUGCAUAAACAUAUGGCUGUCACAAAAUUGUGUCUUGUAUCCAAGAUGUUUGCUGAUUAAAGUAUUAAAAACAAAUUUCUUAAGGAGUUGGAGAAGUAAAGGCAGCAGGUGUUGUCGUCUUGACACGAAAAAAAAGAGAGAGAAAGGAAAAACAAUGUCCACAGAAUAAAUCUAGUCUUGCUUCACAACAACCUAAAGGUUACAGGACUACUCAAUAAAGAUUAUCAGUUGAAAAAUAAGAUUAUAUAAGCAUAAGACAAACUGAAGUAAAAAUUAACAGCGCUUAUCAUGUUGGGAAAAAAGUUGAUUCUUCUGAUAAAAAAUAUUUUUUGUUAAUAAAGCAAUGUUUGAUCAUGUUGUCACUGUGAUGUAUCCACGCAGCAAAUAGAGUAAAUUUUAUCGGAUAUUUUUCAAACAUUAAUGUUCUAAAAAUUAAGACACUGAUAAAUCUAUUAACACUGAAGGUCGUUAAAAAGUUCUAAGCCUCACCCAGAAGGAGUUGCAGAAACGAGACAGUUUUUUACAACUUUUCUUUAUAGUCCCUUUUGACAUCAAUGCACUUGGUCCAACGAUGUUCAAGCAUUGCAGUCCCAUCAUGGAAGAAGGGGGCAUCCUGGAGUAUCAAAAAUUCCUCCACUGCACGUGACCUCAUCCUUGUUUCAAAAAAUAGCGACCUCAUUGGUGGGAUUUGAGUUUAGGAAACAGGUAGAAGUGAGAUGGAAUAAGUCUUGUGAGUAAGGGGCUGUUUCAACUACUGCAACCUGAGGAGAGUGAACGGGUGCAUUAUCCUGGAGCAAGAGCACAUCUGCCUUCAGCUUCCCUCUGCAUUUCAACUUGACUAAUUCUGAUGCAUAGUGCUAUCCAUUAAUAGUUCUUCCCUUUUGCAUGAUUACGCCUACAGAAGCCAUCACCUUGCCAACCUUUGCUGCCUGCUUCAGUUUUUUUGGAGGUGGAGAACCAGUUUCCACUGUUUGCUUUGAAUCUUUGAUUCAGGUUCGAAGUGAUGAACCCAUGUUUCAUUUUGAGUUACUAAUCUGUGGUAGAAAUUCUCAGGGGCAGCCUUAAAGUGAGUCAGAAGUGUUCUGGAAAUGUCAGCAUGGCUCUGGCGUUAGCAUUCUUGAGACCCUUCUUGCAGACAGCUUGCUCAUCCCCAGGAUUUCAAUUAAAACAGUGUGGACUGAACCAGAACUAAAGCCUAUGGACUUAGCUGUCUGCUGGACAGUAAGACCUCUGUCAUCCAAAACCAUUUGGUGAAUGGCAUUAACGAUUAUCAGUGGUUGAAAUUUUUGGACGACCUGACCCUGUCACGCUUGAAUUCAGCAUCCACUUCUUAACAGUUGCAUAGGAAGAGGAGUCCUCAGCAAGUGUCUAUACCAUGUCAUGGAUUUUCUUGGGUGUGAUACCUUUGUUUUGCAUACUUUAUGACUGCUGGGGCCCCUGUUUUGUCCAUUUUGAGAUUUGUCGCACUACCCUUCACCUUCGUAUGGGCCUCACCCACACAAAACAGAAAUCUAUAUUAAUUUUUCUAGUUUUAUAAGAAGUGAUUGUGUGUUACCACUACAAAAAAGUUUCAGCUAUGGUUUUGGGUGGGGCUUAAAACUUUCUAAACGACCCUUGUAUGUUGGUCAGCUUCCAUUCGGAGAGUGGAUAUAUCCUACUAGACAAACAGCACUAGUCUCUUUGAUACAUAUGUCACGGUCAUAGGUCAUUUCACCCCACAGCAAAAGUCAAUUCGUUCCAGCUAGGUCGAGUUAGCUCUCGCCAUAAACCCGAUGCCUCAGAAUGCGGCGUGUGGUUAUAUCCUGAGCGCGCUUGAGGGACCUGCCAGACGCGAGCUCUGAUGUUCCCUCAUGACAUGAUAGAUACGCCGGAAAAGAUCUUGGAUGUCCUGAUGAAGGCAUACAGCGAGCGGAAAGAUGUUGUCGAUGUCAUUGCCAGUUUUUAUAACCGCUGACAGCGGCGUGAGGAGGCGGUCAUCGAAUAUGCCGCGAUGCUCCGGAAUUUACUGGCGAAAACGAACAGCCUGCAGAGCGACGCCGUGUCCAAUACCCACCUGGCGACCCGCUUUGUCAAAGGGCUUAAAAAUUACCAUAUUCGAUGUGACAUCUGGCUGACUAUGAGUCUUCUUUUGUCGUUAUCCUUAAGACGGAACGACUUGUAGAGACAGAGAUGUGUAAUGACAGGGAAGAUGAGAUAGAUCGUGUGACUACACGAGUCAGACAGCUGGAGAUGGAGGCGGCCUCCCAGCUUCACAAUAAAAAAAACCCAAAGUGAUUUCCCCCUUCGAGGCUGAUUGUCAGCACAAACAGAAAUAUCUGCGACGACAGCAGACAAGACAACGGGAGGGCCAGAAAUCCAGAUAUCCCCAUGACAGCGAUGGUGGAGGGGGCAGAAGGCGAGGUUUCUGCGGGUAAUUUAACGUGGCAAAGGGAUUGGGGUUCACCACACCUGAUCAUGGCGGUCAAGACGUCCACUAGUCAGUUAUCCACAGAGCAGGCUUUCGAAGCCUAGGCAAAGGUGAAGUGGUAUAAUUUGAAUCCAGACCGUCAUACAAAGGCGUUGAAGCAACAUUCGUCUGUGGUGUCGGAAGAGUGGAAUGCCGGGGUAGUGAUCGCCGGCCGAUUUCAAGGAAAAAGUUUCAAAACAAUCAGGUGUUGCAACUGCGGGGACUUUGCCAACCACACCGCAACCACGUGUCUGCACGGGCCGAUGCCCAAACUGCAUCACCAAUGCUAUCACCAUCGUGAACAUCACAGACUGCCCUCACCGAGACCAGAUGGCGCUACCGUCGCGCCGACCACACCACGGCAACCACAACGACGGCAGUGUCAAGCAGGACUUCAACGGGAUAUAUUCCAUGGGCGAAGCAGCUGGAGUACCUGUAAUAUCACACACCGGCCAUUUGGGGAUUACAGUGCUGUGUACACAGGCCUUUUGUUUGGGGCCCUGCACUCACCCUCGAUAGGAACGACAUCAUAGCAGCGAAGCCGUCUUCUCAAUUAGAGGACAUUCAACUGCCGGAGGCACCGAACUGUCAGGACAACGACAGUGACAGAAACGCCGUUUUGGUAUGCUACUCUCCCACCCAAGCCAGAACUAUUGUGAUACCAAAAGUGACAGUGCCUGUGGUGCCAGAAGUGACAGUGCUUGUGGUGCCAGAAGUGACAGUGCCUGUAGUACCUCAGCCGCGCAGAUCGCAGCGGGUUGCAGUUAGGCAUGAAACUCACACGUGUAGAAAACUGUUUUGUGUGACACUAUGCAUUGACAAUGUAGAUAACACGUACAUAUGUUGUAAGUAUUGAUUAGUUUGUUUAUUUUGUUCAUUUUCUUUUCGUUUUCCCACUGCUGUGACUACGAAAUGCCAUUGACGGGAAUGACACACGGGACAGAUUGACGGAAUGCCUGCCCUUAUAUAUAUCAUCGUGCCCCAGCAGCAGAGAGAACGAUAAUCAGUCGGCCAGAUUCAGCGGUUAGGCGAAGUUCAGAUAUUUUGUUUAAAGGCAAAUCUGCUGGGUGAAUAAUACCAGCUGCUGGUGUGACCAGGCGCGUUGCUUAAAACCUUGAUGGCAUGCACAUCUCGGCAGCAACAGCUCUUCUUUUGAGGUUUAAAAUAUUGGAGGUCCCCGGUGGCAAGCAUAAUUAGCUGAGCUUGUAUAUCGGCCCUAGUCUUGCUAGCUAAAGCUUAUCGGUGAGGACGCUGUUAGAAAAAGGGUCGGCGGGGAUGUAAGGGGCCGAUAGGCCGGCGCUUGUUGUUAGUUUUUGCAAGGGCCGGCGGAUGAUUGUUAUUGGUGGGACCUGCUGAGCCAUCGCGAAAGAUGAUACUCGGCAGUGAUUGGCUUGGGUUAAAGAUGCUAAUGCCCGGCCGUAUAGGAGCAUCGCGAGAGAGAAUACACGGCAGUGAUUGGCUCGGGUUAAAGCUGCUAACUGCCCCGGCAGUAUAGGAGCAUCGCGGAAAGUUAGCCUUCCGAGAUGAGCCGAAACCAGCGAAGACGUCGGCGCAUCAGAGAUGGAGCGCAGACAUGUGACAGAGAAGAGACAGUCUGAUUUUUAGAGCCUAUGGCGAUGCAACACCGCUUUGGCCAUUGUACAAGCCCGUGUAUUAAAGGGUCGCACACCU